GUUUGCGUUUUCGAUUUCCCCCCUCUAAACUCAAAACCCCCCACCAUGAUAUAAAUUCACUCACCUUUGAAUAAUCAUCACAUCUUCAUCAAUUCAUCCAUUAACAAAAAACUAUCUUUUUCAUUUCCUUUACACUCCCCCUGUUACUCUUCAAUCAUGUCAUCCUAUGGUAAAGGACAAGCACUGCCAAAAUUUGGUGAAUGGGAUGUAAAUGAUCCAGCCUCAGCUGAAGGAUAUACUGCCAUUUUUAACCUAGCUAGAGAUGAGAAGAGAACUGGUGGGAAUGUCACAGUUGUUGCCACUGAAGGUAUAAAAUCACAACAGAAACAAGGUGCGCGCAAGGAGAAAAGAAAACACAAAUAUUGCAUUAAGAGAAAAUGGUUUUGCUUUGCUUGAAAUCUGGAAAUUAGUCAAAUUUAUCUUAAUGCUGAAGCUCUCAGUUGAAUUGAUAGUACAAGAUAGUUGACAGUGUCAAUAUUUGUUGGCAAUUUUCUUGUAUCUUUUAUUCUGAUUACUUUUUUUAGUGCUUAUGGUGUUCCCAUGUUUUUCAUGGAAUUUUUCUAUGCACUUUUUUUUUUUGGUUAUGUACAUGUUUCAUUUGUGUAAGAAGGCCAUCAUAAUUUAUAAAGCUGCAAUUUUGCUCA